AAUAAAUUUUGAAUCUCCAAGUCUCCAAUAUAACGCAACAUGACGACAGAAUCAGGAGAAGUUAAAAUCUCGAAUAUAGUCAAGGAAAGAAUCGAAAGAAAUCGCCAGAAAGCGAUAAUACUCCAAAGAAGCAAGCUAACUUCGCAUCCUUACCAUAACAACAAAGAUGCAACAACAACCACCCUUAAAAUAGGAGGCACCACUUACAAAGACACCGGCGGCGGGUUUUUGCUCGAAGAAACCGAGGAGCCCGACGAGUUGGAGCAAAUACUAGCCGAACAGGAGCUGAUCAUCGAGAAUCGCCCGGUUUGCGAGCUCUGCACGAAACCCUUCGGCGUCUCGUGGCUCUACGAAAAAUUCGAAUACAAAUGCUGCGACAGCUGCCGCAACCCCGAAAUCCACAAACUGAUUGCUAAAACGGAGGCGAAAGACGCCUAUUUGCUGAAAGACUGCGACAUGGACAAGCGCGAGCCCCCGCUGAAGUUCGUCACGCAGAAGAAUCCGCACAACGCGCAUUGGGGCGACAUGAAGCUCUACCUGCUGCCGCAGGUGGAGCAGCGCGCCCUCGAGGUGUGGGGCACCGAGGAGAACAUCGAAAAGGAGCGGGAACUUCGCGAGGAAAAGCGCGUGAUGGCCAAGAGCAGGAAGUACGAGAAGCAGCUGAAGGAGCUGCGGAAAGGCAUGCGGAGCAGCCUGUACGACAGGACCAAGAAGGCUUCGCAUACGCACGAAUUCGGAGAAGAAACUUACAAUGAAGACGAUGAUACUUAUUAUAGGAAAUGCACUACUUGUCCUUAUGAAGAGACUUUCGAAAAGAUGUAGUACUUUUAAUUUUCAAGGCAGGUUUGUUUGUUUUAGAGAUGCUUUACCAUUGUAAAUUUUGAAUACUCUACUUUUUUUUACACUAACU